UAUCAAACUGCAGAACGCGAACGCCAUGAAUUCGAAGCAGGAAAAGCGGAGGAACGUCUGGCCUACUUUGUUUCUCAGAUGAUUCGAAUAUUCGACGCUUACGUGCGAGAGGAAGAUCUGGCUGGGGAUCAGUGGAAGGACGAAGCCCGUUUGUCUCAACUGAUUUCUCAGGCUGCGGAAAUAAUAAGUGAAAACAUGAAAAAUCGCGGUCAAAUACAAGAACUCUGUGACAGGAUCAAACAACGUGAUGUUCAAAUCGCUGAACGAAAUCGUGUUGUUUGAUCGUUGGGCGAACAGUUGACCCGGACAAUGGCAAGUGAUCGAGAGGUUGAGACACUUGCGCAAGAACUCGAAUGUAGCCGGGGAAAAGAACGGGCAACGGAAGACAGACUACACAAACUCACUGGAGACUUGAUGGACGCCCAAGUCCGAGUUCGUGAGCUGGAACGACAACUGGCCCAAGCUGUACAUGAGAAAGACCAUGCAGCCACGGUCCGUCAAGGACUUACCGAAAGAGAAUACAUGGCUUUCAAAGACGAUAUUGCCGCCAUCCUCUCCUCUCCGCACUACCCGUGCAGCCCGACGGAAGUGGCCAUCAAAGAACACGCUCGUCGUAUAGUCACCGAGUGCAAGGAACAGAAAGAGAUGUGCGUAAAACUUGAGUCGCGCAUAUCCGAACUCUCCUCGCGCUGGGACAGAGAUCAAAUGUCUCGGCAUGAAUACGAACGUCAAAUUAAUCGAACAGAUAAAGAGAAUGAACACUUGCGAGAGCAAAUCAGACGCCUGGAGUCAGAAUUGGGUAGUUCACAUGUGCUUCGUGAUCAGCAACGGGAUGAGAGAGAUCAACUUUUCUUCUACUUAUGCAAACUUGCAACAAAAGUGCGUAUUGACCAAACCACCGCAAGUCACAUGAAAUUGCACGAACUCCAAGAGGCAUUAUCAACACGGAUCAACCAAAUAGUCAGUGGAGAAUUCGGCCUGCUUACUGACGUUCAAGCAAACGCGGAUCGGAUUGCCGGACUGAGUCGAACAGUGAAGCGUCUGCAGGACCAACUGGCUAGCAAAGAAAUUCAGCUGGGUAUGUGGCGUGAUAAAGCCGCCAAACUGGAGAGCAAGCUUCAGACAGUCUCGGAAGCUGAGGCUGCCCUGGAGGUGGAACGCGAGAAUGCAGAGCGUGCAAUUGCCAAGGGACGUCGUACGGAAUCAGAGAACGCCAAGCUACGGGACGAAUUGAACCGCCUUCGUGCUGAUCUACUGGACUUGAGUGACGCGAAGACGCAAUGUGUGGUCACUGGAGAACGCAUCAAGGAAUUGGAGAAAACUAACAAGGAACUGCAAGACGUGCGUGAACGUCAAACAAGUGAAGCAAUUGAGUCACGUGACCUGGUGGAUAAGUUACGUACAGAAUUGACGGAACUUCAGAAUCGAUCCAAAGAAUCCAUGUCUCGCGUGAAUGAUGAGCUCACGCGCACACAGGCAGUUGUUGAACAGCUUAGGCGUUCUGAAAGUGAGCUUCUGGAGUUCCGCGCCCUCGUCAGUCGUCUCCUUGGACUUCAGUCGGAUACAUUAACAGUGCCGAACUACGAGAUCGUCACGCGCCUGGAACAAGUGCUUGCCGACUAUCAGUUGUUGAAUUCCGAUGGAGUGAAGCCCAUUUCAGAGCGGCGUGUCACUGGCGGUUCUCCUCAGUUCCCUGUAGGGAUAUGCGAGCCGGGAUGGAACGGGGAAGUUAUGGCAGGACCGGGUUUGGCAAAGGCUGGAUCAAAAGAAGCAUGGAAUCCAACCACAGAUGCCUCACCUGCUGCAGUGCACAAACGAUUACAGGCCGUCUCAGUUCGUCCCAGAGAGCUACGGUCAGAGGAGAAACGGAUGGAGACAUCGCCUCCAGCAACGAUGAAAAGAGACCCAAGAAAAUAUUGAUAUUCAAUAACAAUUUGA